AUGCAUCUUCAAGAGACAAGCCGCAAUGCGCAGCACGCGGCAGGCCUGAAAUGGAACUGUGGUAGUAAAGGUUUCGCCGAGACUAUCGAAUCACUCAUUCCCCACCACGGAAAUCUGCAAAGGCAGGAGACACUCCGCACAGUGCAGAAGAAUGCAAGCACACCUAACAAACAAGACCGUCCAGCGACUAGGUCCUCACACAAAGGAAUUGCAGACAGAGAAAAGGCGGCACCGGAAGCGGAGGAAAUCAAGUUCGAGUACUCUCGCUCAGGUCCUCAGGAAAAGACUCGAAAACUCUCAGCGUUUCCACGGCAUCGUGAUUCCACAAUGUCAGAAACCCGGCACAGAGAAAAACCGACUGAAAAAAGCGUGGGAAAGAAUCGCCAAGCGAAAACAAGACACGAGGCUGACAACGGAGACCGCAUCGGGGCACUCAAACACUAA